UCUUUGAAGUCAUAAAAGGAAAAAUAAAACCCAUUUGCUAUCAUUUGUGCUCCAUGUGGGUUCAGUGUCAUCUAAAAAAAAGCUGUUUGAAGAUCACAUAGGUCUCACGACCUUGAGAUAAGCAUACUUGAUUAGAGUUCGUCCUGCAAAACAAGAAUUUGCUGAUAAAUUUUCCAGUAAAACCUGGUUAGACUGCAUAAACUUUUACAAAAAGAGACAUUAACAUCAAAGGGGAAAGAACAUCUUUGACUGCCAUCCAGGACAUCCUCUGCAACAGACUUAUAGACUCAGAAAUAUCUUAACUAUAGUCGCAAGUCUCGGGUAAGGUUUCUCAUGGAGAAAUCGGAGUCAGGUGGCAGAGACACAGAGGAUGAUCUGGCUCACAGUCAACCCCUAAAAAUCCCCAAAACAGAAGUUCCUGAAGGAAUACAACAGGCACGGAAAGCAGCCCUUGAGAAACUAGCUGCUCAAGAAAAUGCAACGUGCACUGAAGGACCCAGUACCUCCUCCAGAACCAUUUCUCAUAAGCCUUCUUUGGUGGCCAAGCCAUUAGCUUGUGAAGAGAUAGAGGAUAAACAAAAGCAACCACAUCUGAAUACAGUGGCACAAGUGUUUGGUGUUUAUCUUCAACCAGUAAACAGAGAAAACAAUGAAAAAACUGAAUGCACUAAAUUCCCCAUCAACACGUGUUACCCAGCAAAAGAAGACCCAAAGCCUCAACAUCCAAAACCUGCAUGGAACAAGUUCCCCAGCUCUGCACCUCCUGGUAAAGAAAAAAAUACUCUGGGAGCAAAACCAAAAUCAGAUUUGGCAUCACAGAAGAGUGAGACAAGAACAGCAUCUCCAAAAGUAACUGGAAUUAAAGAAAAGUUAAUGCCUGCAGCACAAGAAAAUGUGCCCAAGCCUUCUCUAUUUAAAAAACCUUCUUUUAACACCGAAGUCUCUAACAAUAAAGACACUUCCAAUAAAUGUGAUUCUCUUCAAAGUAGACUGGCAGGCCCUAGAACAAAUACGCAUUCACUUAUGAAAGUAAAGGAAAUGGGUGAAAAUAACUCAGCUGCAGAAGCUGCAGGCAGUCAUCUUCCUAAAAUAGGUAUGAAGCCUGCUGGCCACUCGCAGACCUCACUUCAAGGCACCUUCAUAAACGUGAAGCAAGAGACUGAAGAAAAGGCAAUGAGUGUUAUCAAGACCACCGUUACCAAGAAAGUCAUCCAGGAAGGAUCAAAUUCUCCUCAUAAGUUUUGUAAGACCAAUACAGCACUUGGUGCAGUAAGGUCAUCAGAUAAACCACGAAAGAAAGAAGAUGGUGCUCCCACACCCAGGCAGAGAGUCUUGGCCCCAGAGUUCAAGACAUCCACGUGCCCAGCAAAGCCCAACAGACCUCCAAGUGUGGAACUGCAAGGGUACCAGAGGAGGGCCCCAAAAAAGAUACCUGGAAAUGAAGGUGUCAAACUGACAGGAUCUUUCGUAUUUGCCCCACUGGCGCCUCUACAAGAUCGCGCUGCACAGUUUCCAUCCCCUAAACCAAUCUCUCACCCAGACCUGGAGGUUAUGGAAGCUCCCAGUCUGCCUCCCAGAAACAUCAAGCCCAGCUCUGUAAUAAGAAAUCCAGAGAAUGAAGAAAAUUAUGAUGAUGUGGAAUUUGUUUCACAGGGUCAUGGAAGUACACAGGGGGACCAAGAAGGUGAUAUAGAGAUGUAUGAAGACAUAAAUGACAUCAGAUCAUCAAGGGAAAAAGAGAAGAAGCAGAAUAAAGAAGAUAAGAGAAGAAUGGAGCAGGAGAAAAGAGAACAAAAGGAAAAGGAAAAGAAAGAAUUGGAAUUAAGGAAGAAGUUCAAAUUAGUGGGACCCAUUGAAGUUCUUCAUCAGGCACGAGCCUGUGUUGACUACAAGGGAGGGAAGAAUGAACUGACUGUCAAACAGGGGGAUAAGAUUGAAAUCAUUCGCCUCACAGACAACCCAGAAGGAAAGUGGCUCGGUAGAAUAGGAGGAUGCUGUGGGUACAUUAAAACAACCAUGGUAGAGAUUGAUUAUGAUUCUUUGAAAAGAAAGCAACAAGCACCUACUGGAGCUGAUGUGAAAUUUUCAGAGAGUGACAUGGAUGUGUAUGAUGACGUUGGUCAGGAGGAGAGCUCAAUGAGCCUGAGCGCUGACAGUAGCGGAGCUGGAAAUGUGUUCCCAUUUCCUCCACCUCCUUCCAAUGAAGAUAUUUACGAUGAAAUUGGUGAUGGAGAGCCCAUAGCAAGGUCUGUAUCACAGGAUGAAGAUAAGAAUGGUAUCUGGUCCUGGGGAAUCUUGAAGAGGCUAAAGGUCAAAGAUGACAAAAAGAAAAGUAUACGAGAAAAAACAACCAAAGGCAAUGGGGCAGAAGAUAAUGGAAAUUUGUUCACGUCUCCUUCAACAAACCUGUCUGGAAAAGAUUGUGGAGAGGAUGUGUAUGAUGACGUGGAUUCUUCAGACUUCCCUCCACCACCGCCUGAUGCUAUCUCAUCGAAUCUAGAAAGCUUUGGAAAAAGGAAAUUGGAUGAAGAAGAUGUACAAAAGCAUAAGAAGAUGGAAAAAGAAGAGAAACAAUUCAAACAUGUAGGUGAAAUAAAAGUUCUUUUCUCUACUACCACAAUUCAGAAUUUGCCUAAAAGAAGAUGGGGAUCUAAAGAAUUACAUAUUAAACCGGGAGAGUCUCUUGAUAUUAUAGAGAGUACGGAUGACACCAAGGUCCUGUGCCGUAACAAAGAGGGAAAAUAUGGCUAUGUCUUGAGAAGCAAUUUAGUUCAAAAAGAUAUAUGACAACGUUUUUGAGGAAAUAUGAUCUAUCUAUGAUAACAACUCGGAUGCAUGAUUCUGUUGAACUAACAACUUAAAUGAAGAUCACCUUUAGUUUGGACUCCUGCUUCUGGAAGCUUAAUUACAAAUUAACUGGUUACACCCCUGUAAAUGUAGAAUUAACUUUUCUUAGGAGUUCAGCCUUUAGUCCUGCACUGCUUUGAACUACAUUGUAUUGCAUUGCAUUUAUCUGAGCCAUUAAAAUUCCCAUUAUUGAUGGCUUAAAUACAAUCAAAUACAUUUCAAAUGCAUCUCAGAGGAGGGAUAUGGGGAUAUAAAAAAAAAAAUUAACUGUGGAGAUAAUAACCUAAAAACUACUUUUGUACUGUAUUUAAAAAUACUGAUAAAAUACUGAAAAGCUAUACAUGAACUUGACUUUCCCCUUUUAUAUUUGCUACUUAACCAGCAUCCAGGCAUAAAAAUACCGAUUUCAUGUGUAAGCAUCAGCAGCAACACCCAGGUACAAAAUAUGACUCUGCACAUUAAAUGCAAUGAACAUGUCUGACUAAUUGACUGUGUCACUGCUAGUGGUUUAUUUAUUUUUCAGGGGCAUUUAAGAGGGUAUCUGCAACAAGUUAGUGAUAUGCCAAAGAACUGAGAAGGCAUGCAGACAUGAGAAAUAAACAAUUAUGUGGCAGUUAACAAUACGUAGUUUCAUGCUUUAUACAGUUAAUUGUCUCAAAAUUAGUUUGUAUUAAAUUCUAGUAUGCAUGGCCAGCCUUGUUCUGUUUUUAACUGAUAGUAGAACUUCAUGUGUUGCAAUAAGACCAACAAAAGAAUUUUCCUUUCGAACAUCUUGUAUUAAUGUUCUUCAGUAGAACAAAAAUUAUUCUGUCCCUCUGAAAAAGAAGUGAAUUUUAUUCUUCUUUAGAUUUUUCAGAAAUAAAUUUUGAAUAGUUUUUCCCUGUUCUUAGCAUUGAUGUGUUGAAGGCAUUGAGCUUCUGUAUUGAUAAUACUGACUAAAUUGAUUAUAGAAUCAUAGAAUCAUAGAAUCAUAGAAUAGAUUGAGUUGGAAAAGACCUCCAAGAUCAUCGAGUCCAACCCUUGAUCCAACUGCAAUUACUAUAUCAUGGCACUAAGGGCCACGUCCAAUCUCUGUUUAAAAACCUCCAGGGAUGGUGAAUCCACCACCUCUCUGGGUAGGCCAUUCCAAUGCCUGAUUACCCUCUCUGUAAAGAAUUUCUUCCUAACAUCUAUAUCUAUAUGAUACAUUAAAUCAAAUAAAUGAUCAUAAGAUAUAUUAAGCUAAGAUUUUGUGCACAGAUCAAAUAAAACAUGAUUGUUGAAGGGUGUUGAAAUGUAUUUAUAAGGUAAUACUAAUUGAAAAAUUAGUGGCAUUGUAAGCUUUUUCUUCCAUGUAAAAUAGAAUAUGCCAUUCACUGGAUGCAAUUUUUUCUUCCUUCUAAAAUUCCUGUGAAUAAAAGAAUGCUUUUUUUUCUGACAAGAAAUGUGAGUACACAAUCUUCUGUCAAGUAGAACAACAGUAGCUGCACAGUAGCUUCUCAAAAUUAUCACUGAGCAGCUAACAGAAUGAAAAUCAACAUUCUUAUUGUUGUAAAGGCAGCAAAAAUACAACAUGGUAUUUGUCAAUAAUUGCUACCCAGAAAGUAAAUUUAAGCAGAAAAUCUGCCAGACAGGAAAAUCUAUACCUAGGCAGUCUAUAUUCUAGGGUUUCUCACCUGUAAUUUAUUCUAUUAUCUUUUAAAAGUCAUAAAGAAAGAAAGGAAGGCUGUUCAUGUGAUAUUUUUCCUUCUCCAAAUUCAGUCUAUAAUUCUGGAGUAUUUGGCUGUGCCUGCUAAAACAUUCAGCAGCGAAAACAUCAAAAUAUUGACAUAAAAAUUAUGCUUCAGCAUGAAAACCCCAGUUAAGGUAAACAGAGUUGGUUUCCAUCUGUGUUGUAUCUCUAUGCUGUCCCAGUAAACAGGCUAAGCAAAACCAAAACGGGGACGGCAAAAAAGACUUCUCUAAUUCAGUAGCUUUGUAGCAUUUCUCUGCUGUUACCACAGGCUCUGCAGUGCAGGAAUGCAGCUGAUCUCCUGCACAUUCCUGUGUAAGAGGUUUAUAUUCUCGAUCCACAUAAUUGCAAAUCCCCUGGCUACUCCUCCCACAGUAGUAACAAAACCUUCCUCUAUGUGUGAUCCCUUUGCAUAAUCUGUCUCAGCUGUGAAGAUCAAUCCUUUAGUAAGGGGAAGGAAAUUCAGUGGAGGAACAUAGAUUCUCUGUAUUAUUUAGAUUACCCCUUAACACUACAUUACUUUAUAACAGACACAAGUGUAAGCACGUUUGCAUAUGCAUGUGUUUGCCUUGGUGUGUGUGAGUAUAUAUUACGUCAAAUAAGACAACUUCUGAGGAGACUAAUGGACCCAUAAAAGGGUACCCUUAUGUCUUCUCUUCAGCAGCCAUAGACCACCCUACAUGGAAAAACUUUUGCAUGUAGUGUGAAGAACUCAAAUGGUAGGAAAGGCAAUAAACCUGCUUGUAUUCUCAAAGCCUUAGUUCUGACUCCUUGUGCAGAUUCAUCAUUAUCUGUGUGUCCAGUCUAUAAUUACAUGAUGGCUCAGUACUUUUUUCCACAGGAUCCCUGCCUCAUUUAGUGCAUGGGCUGGAUGAGAGCUAACAGAAAGGGCAGUUGUUCAGCCCUGCUCAUUCAGUUUCUGGCCACUCCUUUAUUUAGUGCAAAUCUUCUGAAGCUUAUGCUGCACCCAGAAUUAUAAGUUUCUCAUGGC